CUAUUUUGAGUUAUUGUUGGAAACUUGCAAACUAUACGUAGUUCCAAGUGGGAAACAUGUUCCUGUCAAUUCACUUCUUUGUAAUUUUGGUAGCUGCAACGUACUUUGAACCAUCUUUUGCAAGGCGUGAUUUUUCUAUUUUAUUUGAUACAUGCGAAGUGCCAGAAACCUCGAAAUACUGCGAUAUGAACUGCACUGUCUCCAAAAGCCAUAAACUGACUACUUACCUGAAUGUCUUGGAGAAGGCUUCAAAUUUUGGUGCUUCUAUUCAAUUGUUUGCGAAAUCCCUGCGGGCUAACGAUUUUGUGAAAAUUUUCGAUCAUACAUUUGACAAUAUCUGCACAUUUAUGUCGAAUUCCCAAUUGGGUAAUAUAUUUUUGAUUAUCCUGGACGAGGCAAAAGAAUUUGGAAAAGUGCCUACUUGUCCUGCUGAAAAGGUGAGGAGGAAGUUCGGCGAACAACAAAAGUGUGAAUUUUAAAGCUUUUUUUUGACAGGAUAUCUUCUAUCUGAAAGACUAUUCUUUCUCAGUGAACAAGUUACCACUAUAUGUUCCGGAAGGUCAAUUUUGGGUCUCUCUAGCUUGGGACGGCCAUUCCAUGAACGGUACCUACUCGAAAUGCGCUAAUAUCUCAAUCAAGGGCCAUAUCCAGUCUAAAUUUAA